UUUGACUGCAUUUUUACAGCUAUCGAGCUCAGACGCUGUCAAGAUCGCUCCGAACGCAGUCAAAACACUGUCAGCGGAUAAACUUGUUUGGCUUAGUUUAAGCUUUUUUUUGCUAGUAACACUCAUUAGUAGAACAUCGUGAUACCUUCAAAUAAACGACAAUGUCAGCUGAACCAUCACAAGGAAGAGGGAAUACGGGAAAUCCCCAGAACGUCACGUCGGAUUUUAGCAGCAACUUCAAAUACAUUUACGACAUUCCGCAAAUGGAGAAGAAACGCUUGGCCGAUUUGCUCGAUCAGGACGCCAGGUGGGUCGGACUUGCCCUGCGACAGAUGGGUUACAGUGCGGACGAUGUGGAGGGUAUAAGAAGAUGCUGCAACCGUUCGGGACGAUCUCCUGCCGAGAGCCUCCUGGUGAAAUGGGGAAAUUUAAACCAUACUAUUGUGGAGCUGUUCGUUGUCUUCUACAGGGAAAACAUGACGCCCGCUAUGGAAGUAAUUAAACGUUACGUUGAACCGAAAUACCACAUCCUUUUGAAGACUCCCGUGUCGAACACUUCAGUUAAAGUCAUGAACGGACCUCCGGCUGCGAAUGGAAAUCCAGUCGAGGGAUACACAACAACCGACGAAAACUCCGAAAAUGCUCAACAGAAAGUAGAGUUUGCUCAGAAGGUAUUGCCGCCCAUUGCACCUCCAGUUGUGGUUCCAAUAGCCCCUAUUCCUUUGGCAGCUCCAGCACAAUUUCCAGCCCUCAUGCGAUCCCCUUCCGAUCAAAUCGCGGCCACUGUCGGUGGGCUGCCGCAGUUCAGUGGGGAAGAACUUCGCGAAGCCACCAAAAACUGGCAUCCGGAUAACGAGCUGGGAAAAGGAGGAUUCGGCGUGGUUUACAGAGGGUACUUCAAGCAAACAUAUGUGGCAAUUAAGAAGAUCAAAGGAGCGAACAUGGAAUCUGCCCGGACGGAGCUGCGGCAAAGUCUCAAUGAGUUGAAGUACUUGAAUGCGUGCCGCCACGAAAACGUUGUGCCUCUUUUGGGAUACAGCUUGGAUUAUGGCGAACCUUGUUUGGUGUACCAGUAUAUGCCCGGUGGAUCGUUAGAUAUGAAACUAUUUCCGAAAAGCAGCGCCGUUCCCACGUUGAUGAUCGACGACCGGAUAAAGAUUGCCAAAGGCACGGCCAGGGGUCUUCAAUAUCUUCACACCUUCGCACAGAAACCGGUCAUCCACGGGGACAUCAAACCGGGUAACAUCCUACUGGGCGCCAACAACGAACCCAAAAUCGGCGAUUUUGGUUUAACGCGCGAAAUGGCGGUCAGUGAUUCGAGUAUGAAGGUAUCUCGCGUGUACGGUACCCGCCCGUACAUUCCCCCAGAGUUCAUAUCGCAACGCCAACUGAGCACCAAGGUGGACAGCUACAGCUAUGGGCUGGUUCUGUACGAGAUCUUCACCGGGCAACGAGUGUACGAUGACAAGCGGGUUCCGAAGCAUCUGAAGGCCGUGAUAUUGGCCGCAGUGCAAAGUAACGCCGACAUACGCAAUCUUAUGGAUCCGGUUCUGCUGCAUACGGCCAAUGUUCGAACCUUUCCUAGCUGCGUGAUGCUGCUGAGGACGGGAUUGUCGUGUACGGCCGACGAACCGGAAAAGCGAAAGGAGAUGGCGGAGGUUUACAAAUCUUUGGUCGAGGUUUUUGGGGAAUAGAGGUCACAUAUAGCAAUAUACAUUUUAUUUACAAA